UUAAUUAAUUAAAGUAGUUUUGUAGUUUUGUGUAGUUUUUCUCUUUCCCACAUGCAAGGAAACUGUUAAGCGCGUGACACACACACCCCAAUCUCUCUUUAAUCUUUUCUCUUCCUUUCUUCUUUCUCAUUCUUCUUCUCUCCUCUCCAUUCGCAUUCCCUUUCGCCCCAACGCACUCUAACCUCUCCUCUCUCUUAUUCUCUUGCAUGUUCUCGGAGCUCCGGCUCCAUUAACGGAGCCCCGGCUCAACUACCAAUUUUCAACAACAACAAUCGAAUCGAAUCGAAUCUACAUUCUCUUCAAUUUUUUUUAAGAUCUCGAAAAUGUCGAAACCCUGGGGCAACAUCGGAGCUUGGGCCGCCGAUUCCGAGGCAGCCGAAGCCGAGGAACGUGAAGCCGCGGCUAAGGAAGCUUCCGCCGGGUCAGAUAACUUCCCGAGUCUCAAAGAAGCCGUUACUGCUAAACCGAAGAAGAAUAAGAAGAUGUCUCUUUCUGAGUUCGCACGUGGCGGUUACUCUUCCGGUGGUGGCGCUACCGAUUAUCCUCGAUUGACACCGGAUGAAAUGCUUCGGCUUCCUACCGGUCCUAAGGAGCGUUCUGCUGAGGAAAUGCAGUAUAACCGUCUUGGUGGUGGUUUUUCAAAUUUUGACCGUGGUGGUCGUGGUAGGGAUCGUGAUGGUGGCUCUGGAGAUGGUAAUUGGGGUGCUGGAAGAAGAUCUUAUGGUGGAUUUGAUGAUGAACGUAGGACUCCGAAUUCUAGGGUUUCGGAAUUUGAUCAACCGUCGAGGGCUGAUGAGGUGGAUAAUUGGGCUUCGGUGAAGAAGACACUUCCUUCGUUUGAUUCCGGUAGGCAGAAUCGAUAUGGGGGUGGUGGUGGCGGUGGUGAUCGAUAUGGGGGUGGUGCUGGCGGUGGUGAUCGAUAUGGGGGUGGCGGUGGUGGUGGUUUUAGUGGUGAAUCUAAGGCUGAUGGAGUGGACAAUUGGGCGGUUGGUAAGAAACCUCUACCUGUUAGAUCUUCUGGUUAUGGUUAUCGUGAUUCUGGAACCGAACCAGAUCGGUGGUCUAGGGGUUCUGCUGUUGAACCAGAUCGUUGGUCCAGAGGUGCACCUCGUGAAACGGAGCAGCAACGAACGAGGUUGGUGUUGGAUCCAAGGAAAACUGAUGGUUCUGUGAAUGAAGCUCCAGUGGCAAAGACAAAUAAGCCGAAUCCAUUUGGUGCGGCGAGGCCUAGGGAGGAAGUGUUAGCUGAGAAAGGAUAUGAUUGGAAGAAGCUGGAUUCUGAGAUUGAAGCAAAAAAUAGGCCUACAAGUUCACAUUCUAGCAGGCCUUCAAGUGCUCAGUCCAAUCGCUCUGAGGGUCCAGAUGGUGCGGUGAAACCGAGGCCAAAGGUGAAUCCUUUUGGGGAUGCCAAACCCAGGGAGGUUUUGCUUAGCGAGCGUGGCAAGGAUUGGCGGAAGAUUGAUCUGGAAUUGGAGCAUCGUGCUGUUGAUAGGCCUGAGACCGAGGAGGAAAAAUUAUUAAAAGAAGAAAUUGAUAAUUUGAAGAAGGAACUUGAGAAGGAGCCUACGAUAAAUUCAAAUAAGGAAUCUGCGGAUGAUGCUGGUGUAGACCAAACUGGUACGCGUGCAGUGCUACAAGAGAAAGAAAGGGAGCUGGAACUACUUAUCCGUGAUUUGGAUGAUAAAGUUCGUUUUGGGCAGAAAGCUGUUGAAAGGCCAGGUUCGUCAGCAGGAAAGACUGCUGGUUUUUCUGAUAGGCCACCAUCUCGUUCUGGCUCAUUUGAGGAUUCUAGAAGUGUGGAUUUUACGGACCGACCUCGAUCCCGUGGUACAGGAGAUAUGUCGAUGCGUCCUACUGAUGACAGAAGACAAUUUCAAGGUAGCAAGGAAAGAGGGUGGUUUGCGAACAGCAGAGACUUGAAUAGGUCAAGGUCCAGAGAGAGAUGGUGAUCAGUUUUUUGUGGAUUAAGAGUUAUCUUCAACUUUUGAUGACCAGAACCUAAUACUAUUUUAUUACUCGUAAUUUCUAAUCGUUUUGUUCAAUUUACUCCAGGAAUUGGAGCAACAAUCAUUGAGUACUGGCACUAAAACUUUUGCCUAAUCUGUUAUUGCAUCUCAAAACGUUGUAAAUUUGAUUUUUCCCUUUUGGUAAUUUUUUGGGUGUCUGGAUGAAGGCAGAAAGCCUGUAAUUUUAUUAGGACAAUUUUAUUGAAGAUUAUGGAACUAGGUAGCUAAUGUUAUAUUGUUUUAAUAUUAAAAUUAUAAUGC